AUGUCAAAUUUGAUUACAAUGAAUGUAACAAAAUCAAGCUGGGCUGAUGAAGUUGGUGAAGAAUUUGAUCUUCCAUUUGAAACUUAUACUGACGAAAAUGGAGUCAAAACAAUAAUUGAAUACAAAACAAAUGAUGAUGGGAAAAAAGUAAAAGUUACUAGAAAAAUCAAGAAAACCUUGAUUACAGAACGCGUCAAUAAGGUUGCUGCUGAGAGAAAGAAAUGGGCUAAAUUUGGUGACGAACGAGGAAAGAAAGCUGGCCCUGAUCUUAGUACAACAAGCAUUGACCAACAAAUCUUUUUAAAAUUAUCAACUACUGGCAAACACGCUGAAUCAAUUGAAGAAAGCGAUUUAAAUAAGAAAAAAGCAGCUUUGAUAGGGAAAAAAAUUCUUUGUCGUAUUUGUAAGGGUGAUCAUUUUACAACUAAAUGUCCUUAUAAGGAUACUCUUCAACCUUUGGAUGAACUAAAUAAAGACUUAGAAGCCACUAAGGAAGCUGCUCCAGUUAAUGAGCCAGUAGCUCCCGAAAAUUCUGCGGGAGGAAAGUAUAUUCCCCCCAGUAUGCGUGCUGGAGCUAAGUCGACAACCGGUGACUCAUAUAAAGAACGACGAGACGAUGCCACAAUUCGUGUUACAAAUUUGUCUGGGGACACUACUGAAGGUGAUAUACAUGACCUUUUCCGUCGCUUUGGUGGUAUUUCUCGUGUUUAUCUAGCUCGCGAUCGGGAGACGAAUAUUUGUAAAGGGUUUGCAUUUGUAAGUUUUGUACUACGUGAUGAUGCUGCUAAAGCAUUACAGGCCAUUAACGGUUACGGUUAUGAUAACUUGAUUUUACGAGUAGAAUGGGCCAAAUCUUCUACUUCCUGA